UCGUCCUCUCCGCUUUGAUUGGCAGAUCCACAUGGUGCGACCGCGCGCCAUGAGCGCCGCGCUCCCAUUGGUCCGUGUCCACCCAUCAGACCAUGUGUGCCGAGCUCCCAUUGGUCCACGCCCGGCUAUCAGGCGAUGGAAGAACGUCCGUCUUUUGUCACUGAUGCAAGACACAGAAGGACUGCUCUGGAUACCAAGAUUACGUACUUGAAGAUAUCACAGAACCCAGAGUAGCUCAUUCCCAGAUUUUGUUAAGGCAGACUCGGUAUCUUUGGAUUUCUCUUCAAGAGAAGGUGAGAGUCAAAGCAUAGGAGGAGCCAUCGCUGUCGUCGACAGGCUGAGUUUGUGGGAUCACGAGUGUCAAUCAGCGUGGAAAAAUGUCUUUGCCCCCAGGAGCGCUUAGACUUAUUGCCCUGUUCCUCUUCAUGGCUAAACAUGGAGAAGACCUGUACCAAUACACCGGGAAAGAGUUCAAGUUGGCGGUAGCAGCUUACUUGGUGGUGGAGCUCCUGAUAUAUUACCACUAUCAUGGACAGAAAACUGCCACAAAAUCUAAGAAGAGGGUAUCAUUUGCGCUCCCAGGCCUUAGUGAGACUGGCUGUAAAGUGAGGCUGACUGAGACAGGAAUUUCUAUAUUAAAAAGACCAGUCGUCGCCAAUGGAAGUGCUACCCAGAGAGAAAUCCCAGAAGACCCAGAAGUUCUGGUGGUCGGUGCAGGAAUCCUGGGAUCAGCGAUGGCAGCUGCGCUGGGACAGGACCGGAGGAGGGUAGUUGUGAUUGAGCGCGACCUGCGGCAACCCGACAGGAUUGUGGGAGAGCUCCUACAGCCAGGCGGGCUGCAAGCUCUCAGGGCUCUGGGUCUGGGAGGUGCAGUAGAAGGCAUCGAUGCCCAUCAUGUUCAAGGCUAUGUGGUCCACGACCUUGACUCUGGCAAAAAUGUGAAGCUGACCUACCCCAAGGACGAGAGCUGCGCUGUGAUGGAGGGACGGUCCUUCCACCAUGGCAGGUUCAUCAUGGGACUCCGCAGGGAAGCACAGAAACAAGCAAGUGUGAGCAUGCUGGAGGGAACAGUGACAAAACUGUUGGAGGAAGAGGGACGCAUUGUGGGUGUGGUGUACAAGGACAAGCAGACAGACACUGUCAAGGAGAUACGAGCUCCCCUCACGGUUGUAGCAGACGGCUGCUUCUCCCGGUUCCGUAAGACCCUGGUGAAGUCCAAGGUGAACACCACCUCUCACUUUGUGGGGACCAUCAUGAUCAACUGUCCUCAGUUUGAGAAGCACCAUGCAGAAGUCGUCCUAGCGGACCCCAGCCCUCUGCUGGUCUACCAGAUUGCUUCUCAUGACACCAGGGUUCUGGUGGACAUACAGGGAGACAUGCCAAGAGACAUGAAACACUACCUGAGCACCAAGAUUCUACCACAGCUACCAGAUCACCUGAAAGAGCCCUUCACAGACGCGCUGCAGAAUGACAGGAUACGGAGCAUGCCCAAUAGCUUCCUUCCGCCAGCCCCAGUUCAGAAGCCCGGUGUCCUCCUGCUGGGUGAUGCGUACAACAUGAGACAUCCCCUGACGGGGGGCGGCAUGAGUGUGGCCCUGAACGAUGUCCUCAUCUGGCGCUCCCUGAUCCAGCAGAUCCCUGACCUCAGCAACGCCACGGCUGUGUCUCAGGCACUGAAGGACUUCCACUGGGGCAGGAAGCAGUCCCACUCCUUUGUGGUGAAUGUGCUGGCAAUGGCGCUGUAUCAGCUGUUUGCUGCUCAAGAUGAACAUUUGAAGCAGAUGAAGCAGGCAUGUUUCAGCUACUUUAACCUGGGCGGAACUGCUCAGUCUGGACCAAUAGGACUGCUGUCUGUAUUGACCCCCAGACCCACCCUCCUGAUUGGUCACUUCUUUGCUGUUGCAAUGUAUGCUGGGUACUUUGCCUUCAAGUCCCAGCCGUGGUGGGCCGUCCACCGUGCCGUGUACAACUUUGUCGCCAUUCUGUACAAGGCCUGUGGGAUUCUGUUUCCUCUCAUCUGGUCCGAGUUCUAUUCAGUCUACCUGUCUACAUAGAACUUUCAGAGGAUGAAUAUUGCCACUAACUGUAUAUACAUAAUGUUAAAAUGAUGAUAUAGUGGGAGAGAAUGUACAUAAUUCAGUCUAUAUAUUGUUAUGCAGUAAACAGUCUGGUCGACUUGAAACUUAGUUUUAUGUAAGAAAUGUUUUAUACAUCAAAAAUUAAAUUAAAAAAAAUAUUUAAAAGCUGUACUCCUACAUAAAUUGUAGUACUGUAUGAACUUCAGUUGUACUAAGAGUUCAACUAUUUCCCAACAGAGAAACUGGACUCAAAUUCUAACAGUUUCCAGGUUGUCAUCCAGGGUAACUAGGAACCCAAUUGCAUUGCUGAAGACACAUGACCUUCUGGCAUGUGUGACGUCAGCAAGGGGUAAAAGUGCUUGGAAGCCAUAAUAUAGAAAAACAUUAUUGGGGCACAACAAUUGGAACAUGUACAAUGAAUGAGUACAAAAUAUUACUCACUUUCAUGCUAUUAUGUAACACAGUUGUGUUUACUGUUCAUGGAAUGGAUCUCAUUAUUGGGACUACUGCAAUGCAAGUGGCUGCUGAUAGUAACUUUUUUUUGAUACACUGUCAAAUAGAAUUUUCUACAGAUGUUUUAAAUAAGAACAUCAAUGUUACCUGAUUUGUAAUAUGCAAUGUAUUUGAAAAUGACGAGGUAACAAUAAAACAAGAUGACAAUGACCAA